GGCUCGGAUUUUAGGGUUCUUGCGCGGAGAGAGCGAGGGACAUGGGGCACGAUGCGCCAUAUCUCACGCCCAAGGCAAUCGCCAAGCGCCUCAAAGCCAAGGGCUUAGGCAAGCAGUGGCUCUACUGCCAGAUGUGCCGCAAGCAAUGCCGCGACCAGAAUGGAUUCAAGUGCCACUGCGAGAGCGAGGGUCACAUCCGCAACAUGGAGCUCUUCGCGGAGAAGGGCGACCAGCUGAUCGAGGAGUACUCGCAGAGGUUUGAGGACAAAUUCAUGGAGUACAUGCGGCGCUGCUACCGAUCGACGAGUGUGCCGCCGAAUGUGGUGUACAACCAGAUCACGCGGGAGAGGAAUCACGUCCGGAUGAACGGCACAAGGUGGGCUACUCUCUCGGAAUUCGUAGAGCAUCUAGGCCAGACUGGGAAAUGCAAGCUCGAGGAGACCGAGAAGGGUCUCCACUUGCGAUUUCUCGAGGAUCCGGAUCAUCCAGAGACGCAGUUCAAGGAGGGUCUCAAGAGGAAAAGAGCUAGCGGCGAGGCUGCGGAUAUCGAGCGGCACGAGAGGGAGAUUCAGCUGCAAAGGGAGCGUUGCCUGAUGGAAGUGGGAGCCAAAGGGGAGAAAAAGGAGAACUCCCAAGGCUUGGAAGACGAGGAAGACGAAGAGAAGCAAGACAGUGUCGAGCAAGAAAAAGAUGGAAAAGAUGGUGGCGAGGAAGAGAAAGCAGGUCCGACUGGUGAUGUGAAGGUGGCGUUUAGUUUCUCCAAGAAGAAAAGCAGCAAUCUUCCACCGCUUCCUCGGCCACCAGCGGCAGCGACUUUUGGAGGAUCGAUUGGCUCGUCCUCGUCGCAAAAAGCUCCUCCGUUUUGCUGGCUGAGCGAGGGAUUGGUGGUCAAGGUGAUGGCCAAGAAGCUCAAGAGCGGAGCGUACUACAAGAAGAAAGGGGUUGUGAAGAGCGUGGCGAGUGAGAAGGUUACCGGUGAGAUUGAGAUGCUUGAGGGUCAUGGCGAGGUGAUCAGGGUGCAUCAGUCGGAGCUGGAGACUGUGAUCCCACAGAUUGGUCGCAGCGUGAGAGUGGUGAAUGGAUUGCACGCUGGCUGCGAUGCCAAGCUCGUGUCUUGUGAGGAGGACAAGUUCUCGGUCACGGUGGAGAUUAGCAAUGGACCUCACCGAGGUAGCAUUGUUGGUGGUCUUCCCUAUGAAGACGUGUGCAAAUUAUCUUCUCCUAGUUAAUUUAAUCGUUCAUUCAAUUUA